GGAAUCCUACUGAAGGCUGAUUCAAACGCCUAACAGAAAAUUCGAGGGCGGUGCCAUUUUUCGGUUUCUUCCAUUGAUUCGAUUCUUCAGGUACGCUCGAUCCCACGAGUAGUGAACGAAAGAUGGUAGUCGAAGAGACGAUCAAAGCUACAUCGAUGGAAGAUCUUUCUAAUUCCAUCGCAAAUCAAAACCCUAGGGGACGAGGCAAUGAGGAAGAUGAGGAUCUUGAGGAAGGAGAGAUCGUCGGCGACGACGACUUGGACUCCUCCAAUUUAUCGGCGGCGAUAGUGCAUCAGCCUCACCCUUUGGAGCACCCUUGGACCUUUUGGUUCGAUAACCCAUCCGCCAAGUCCAAGCAAGCCACCUGGGGUGCGUCUAUCCGACCGAUAUAUACCUUCUCUACCGUGGAGGAGUUCUGGAGUGUUUACAACAAUAUUCAUCAUCCAAGCAAAUUGGCGUUGAGGGCAGAUUUGUACUGCUUUAAACAUAAAAUUGAGCCUAAAUGGGAGGAUCCUGUCUGUGCGAAUGGAGGGAAAUGGACUGUAAACUUUUCAAGGGGCAAAUCUGAUAAUGGCUGGCUAUACACGCUGCUUGCUAUGAUCGGAGAACAGUUUGAUUGUGGUGAUGAAAUUUGUGGAGCUGUUGUCAACGUUAGAUCUGGGCAGGAUAAAAUAUCGAUUUGGACUAAGAAUGCUUCCAAUGAAGCGGCGCAGGCGAGCAUUGGGAAGCAGUGGAAGGAGUUUCUUGAUUACAAUGACAGCAUUGGCUUUAUAUUCCACGACGAUGCAAAGAAGUUUGACAGGCAUGCGAAGAACCGAUAUACGGUGUAAUAUGGUUUCUAGCGCGUAUCAUGGGAGGAGGAUACUCAUCCUAUUUGAGCAAAGCAUGCCUGCCUCAGCAUGUAAAAGGUUGAGCUAUGGCUUCUUCCUUUAGUUACAACUCCCCACUCCCCCCAAAGCCAACCACACCACCAAGAGAAAAAGUGGUUUUAUUCGGUAAACAAUGUUUUGUGCUAUUAGGAAUUUUAUGUGGAAAUCGCCAUCGCUCAGAUUCUUGUUCUGUACAUGACGGCUUUAGUAUGAGAUGGAUGGAACGGAAUGCUUUUUCUAUAAUCAAAAUGAUAUUGGCUUCGUCUGAGUUUAUUAUA